AUGUCUUCACCAGCUCUCUAUUUCCGCACGGCGCGAGCGUCCGCCAAAAGUAGCUCCAAGCGGUCCCUUUUUCUGGCACGAACCUUCGCGUCCACAGUGCGCCGCAAUGAGAUCAAUAAGGUCCUCCCUUCGGCCGCACACGCCCUAAAGGAUAUGAAACCAAAUACCACCAUCCUGUGCGGGGGAUUUGGCCUGUGUGGAGUUCCCGACACGCUGAUUGACGAAAUCCUGAACAAGAAGGACAUCACCGGGCUUACGGCCGUCUCAAAUAAUGCCGGUACGGAUGAGUUUGGAUUGGGGAAGCUGUUGAAGACAAAGCAGAUCAAGAAGAUGAUUGCCAGCUACAUCGGCGAGAACAAGACGUUCGAGAAGAUGUACUUGACGGGCCAGGUGGAGUUGGAAUUGACUCCCCAAGGAACACUUGCAGAGCGCUGUGCAGCCGGGGGUAAAGGAAUACCUGCCUUCUAUACCCCAGCUGGGUUCAGCACGGUAGUUCAAACAGGAGAACUCCCACUGCUAAAUAACCCCGACGGAACGCCAAAGCAAUACUCAUACCCCAAGGACAUCAAAGUGUUUGACGGCAAGCAGUAUCUCCUCGAGGACAGCAUCAAGGGUGAUUAUGCCUUCGUGAAGGCUUGGAGGGCAGACAAGCUGGGCAAUUGCCAAUUCCGAUUGGCAGCCAACAACUUCAAUGGUGCCAUGGGCCGAAAUGCCAAGAUGACCAUUGUUGAGGCUGAAGAGAUUGUCGAGCCGGGAGUGAUCCCCCCUGAGGCGGUCCAUCUCCCAGGUAUCUACGUCAAAGGCGUCAUCCAGUCAUUGGCGGCCAAGAACAUCGAGAAAUUCACGUUUGCGAAGGAUCCAAAUGACCCUGCGGCCAAGGCCGCCCUUGGAAAGGGAGAUACGGCGGCGAAGAGAGAGCGAAUCGUCAGGCGCGCCGCAAAAGAAUUCAAGAAUGGCAUGUACGCCAACCUCGGAAUUGGCAUGCCGAUGCUAGCACCUUCCUUUGUCGACCCGAGUGUAGAGGUACAAUUGCAAUCCGAGAACGGUAUCCUCGGACUUGGUCCUUACCCCGUAAAGGGUGCAGAAGAUGCCGAUCUGAUCAACGCCGGCAAGGAGACCGUGACAUUGAAGCCUGGCGCGGCUGUCUUUGGAAGCGAGGAGAGCUUCGGCAUGAUCAGAAGUGGUCGUAUCGACCUCACCAUCCUCGGUGCUAUGCAAGUUAGUGGCAGUGGUGAUCUGGCGAACUGGAUGUUGCCAGGUAAGAUCAAGGGCUUUGGAGGUGCUAUGGAUCUCGUCAGCAACCCGGAGAAGACCAAGGUCGUGGUUACCAUGGAGCACACGGAUAAGCAUGGGAAUGCGAAGAUUGUUAAGCAGUGUGCUUUCCCGUUGACGGGUAAGGCAUGUGUGUCGAUGAUCAUUACUGAGUUGGGUGUAUUCGAGGUGGAUUUCACAACAGGCUUGACGCUGACUGAGAUCGCUGAUGGUGUGACUGUGGAUGAGAUUAAGAGCAAGACUGAGGCACCGUUCAAGGUUGCUGAGGAUCUGAAGCCGAUGCUAUAA